AGCGGGGUCGUGCCGGGGUCCCGCGCGCCAGGCCUGGGGCCAAAGGAGCCACGGCUCUCGGGGCGGCACUGCGCCUCGGACUGGGAACUUGUCCCGCGAGCGUCUCCCGCAGCCGCCCGCGCCUCUUCCGGCCGCCGCUCCAGCUCCUUUAGCCGGCCGCGGCCGCCGCGCCGCUCUGCCUUACAAAGGAGGACGAAUGAGGCGGGCGGCGGCGCGGUGCGGGCCCCCCCGGGCGGCGGGGAUGGCGGCCGCCCCCGGCACCACCUAAGACGCCCCCCGCGCCCAGCUUCGGCCCAGGCCCGAGCCCCGCAGGCGGCCGAGCGCUGCGUGUCGCCCGUGGCCCGCGAGGAGGCGGAGGAGCAGGGCGAGGCGCCGCCUUCCCCGCGCACUGCCGCGCGCCCUCGCCGUUGUCUGCGCUGCGCGCUGGACCAGUUUCGCGAAGUUGCCCGGGCCCCGCGCCGCCCAGAUGUGCGACCUCAUUGAGCCUCAGCCGAGCGAGAAGAUCGGCAGGAUGAAGAAGUUGAGGAGAACUUUGUCAGAGAGUUUCAGCCGCAUCGCUCUGAAGAAAGAUGACAGCGCCUUUGACGAGAUAUGUGUCACAAAGAUGUCUACACGGAACUGCCAGGGGACAGAUUCAGUGAUCAAGCACCUGGACACCAUCCCUGAGGACAAAAAAGUCAGAGUCCAGAGGACGCAGAGCACCUUCGACCCAUUCGAGAAGCCUGCCAACCAAGUCAAAAGGGUGCAUUCUGAGAAUAAUGCCUGCAUUAACUUCAAGUCCUCCUUGGCUGGCAAAGAGUCACCCAAAGUGCGGCGGCACUCCAGCCCCAGCUCGCCAACAAGUCCCAAGUUUGGAAAAGCUGACUCCUAUGAAAAACUGGAGAAACUAGGAGAAGGAUCUUAUGCAACAGUCUACAAAGGGAAAAGCAAGGUAAACGGGAAGCUGGUGGCUCUAAAGGUGAUCAGACUGCAGGAGGAAGAGGGGACGCCGUUCACGGCCAUCAGGGAAGCGUCGCUGUUGAAAGGCUUGAAGCACGCAAACAUCGUGUUGCUUCAUGACAUCAUCCACACCAAGGAGACGCUGACGCUUGUCUUUGAGUACGUGCACACUGAUUUAUGUCAGUACAUGGACAAGCACCCCGGAGGGCUCCAUCCAGAGAAUGUGAAGUUGUUUUUAUUUCAGUUGCUGCGAGGACUGUCGUACAUCCACCAGCGGUAUAUCCUGCACAGAGACCUGAAACCACAAAACCUUCUCAUCAGUGACACGGGGGAGCUGAAGCUGGCAGACUUCGGUCUUGCAAGAGCAAAAUCCGUCCCUAGCCACACGUAUUCCAAUGAAGUGGUUACCUUGUGGUACAGACCUCCAGAUGUUCUCCUGGGCUCCACAGAAUAUUCCACCUGCCUUGACAUGUGGGGAGUCGGCUGCAUCUUUGUUGAGAUGAUCCAGGGAGUCGCCGCUUUUCCAGGGAUGAAAGACAUUCAGGAUCAACUUGAACGAAUAUUUCUGGUUCUUGGAACACCCAAUGAAGACACAUGGCCGGGAGUUCAUUCUUUACCGCAUUUUAAGCCAGAGCGCUUUACCGUGUACAGUUCUAAAAGCCUCAGACAAGCAUGGAAUAAGCUCAGCUAUGUAAAUCAUGCCGAAGAUUUGGCUUCCAAGCUUCUACAGUGUUCCCCAAAGAACAGGCUAUCUGCACAGGCCGCCUUGAGCCACGAGUAUUUCAGCGAUCUGCCCCCGCGGCUAUGGGAGCUGACCGAUAUGUCUUCUAUUUUUACGGUCCCUAAUGUGAGAUUGCAGCCGGAAGCUGGAGACAGUAUGAGGGCCUUUGGGAAAAACAAUAGUUAUGGCAAAAGUCUAUCGAACAGCAAGCACUGACAAGCCCGGCAUUCUCAGGAGAGCACAGGAUUAAGUUGUCAUCAUUCUGAGAAGAAAAAGAAGAAGAAAAAAAUACAAAAAGAAAAGACCACUAAUGAAGUGGCCCACAGUGCUGGGCUCCUGGACCAGUUCCCUUCUGCCCCCUGUGGUGGAUUUCACUUACAAGAAAAUUGAAACUGGCAAGACCCUGUUUUCUCUGCAAUUUAUUUAAAACCUUGCACGCAUUUGGAUACCUUGUGAUUUCCAAGAACUAUGUGAAGAUUACGCUUUGCUUACUGAUACGUGGCAUGUAUCCUUUUCAGUCUUUUGUGUUUGAUUCUGUUUGAUUUCCCUCUGCUGCACAGUAUCUCUGUGACGGGUUUUAUGCUUUCACCAGCCAUGUCUUAAAUACAUUAAGACAACACAUUUGGUGUUCACACUUCCUCUGUAAUGUCUGCACUUGAAAGCCACACAGUGGCAUGAAACAAUGUGUGUUUUCUUUGAGAACAGAAUACAUUGUGCAACCACCAGGAAGGACAUUCUUAUUGCUAAAACAAACCCCAUGUUCUGACUGACUAGACACCAUGGUCCCAGACAGCAGGACCCGACGACUUGUUGCUUACCUUCGAAGACAUUUGGAAAUGUGGGCUUUCUUUUAUUAUUGGAAUUGUCCCCACAUUUAUGGGUGCCCAGAACUGCUUAGCAUUUCCAAUGGCAUGGCUGUUUCUGAGCAGGCUGUAGCUAGAGAAACAAGCACCAAGAACAAGGAUGAAGAUGAAGGCUUCUUUUUUCUUUUUUCUUUUUUAACCUGUAGAAAGCAAGUCAGUUUUUACAUGUGUUCUGGGUCUUGUCAACAUCUGAUUUCUUUUCCCCAUCAGCUCUGUUACGCUCUGUGUUUUUUAACUGGAGAAAAUAGUGAGGAAUAUCUUUCUUAAAACUUGGGUGCAAAAAAAACAAUUUGUCUGUCAGGGCGAGUCCUGGGAGCCGUCUUUGCCAAUUAAUGCUUAAAAAGCAAGUUUAAAAAUUAUCUAGAGUUAAAAUUUUGCUCACUUACAACAAAGCACCUUUGAAUCAGAUUGUUCAGACAUAUUCCAAGCCGCUCAGAAGGCACCGCUGGGUACCAGACUUUAAACCACUCUCCCGUAAUAAGUGUUCAAACUCAGUUCUUAAACAAUGCGGGAAUUUUGCUUUAAAAAUAGAAAUGGCAAAGAAAGGCCUGGAUUCCCUUGUUUUAAGGCACUCUGGGGCUUUGGAAGAUGAAGUCUGUGUCACUGGGCACACAUUGCACCUUGGUCUGGGGGGAGCUGCCCGGUGCAGGUGUCUCCCACAGUCAGCCUCACUACAGAAUAAGGAGGGGCUGGGGGCUGGGACAGUUAGGAAAUGUCACAUAAAGCAUGCCCUUUGCACCUCUGGACACAAAUCUCCACACAUUGCUCUGUGUUCUACUACUCCUGAGAAAAGAGAAGAAACUACAAGCUUGAGAUGUGUCACGCAGUUUUAGGAUCAAGACCAGGAAUUAUGAUCCAGUUUGUGACAAGGGCUUUCUGAUUCUCGAAUGAGUAUCGAAGCCAGUAGUCAAACCCAGAAUGCCCCUGGAAGUAGAGCCAUGUUCUUAAAACUCUCAAAGGCGUUGUCUCUGAGUGAUAGGCAUAACCAACCAUCUAGCCUAUCCGGAGGGAGAAGUACUUACAAUCUCGAAAACACAAAGCAAGGAAUUGCUUCCCGGAUGGUUUGAAAGAAGGCAGAGUGUCUCUCAAGGUGACCCCGUGUACUCUUUGUGUCUCUCAAGGUGACCCCGUGUACUCUUUGUGUCUCUCAAGGUGACCCCGUGUACUCUUUGCUACCUGGGAAUCGUUUUCAUACCUCUUUCUCACAUUCCUUCUGCGGGAAGUCUUUGCAGGUAUUUUGACUUAAAGUAUAAUUAAAUUGGGAGUUCUUUAAGUGAGGAGAAAACUUUACAUGUAAUUCAAAACAGCCUCCCCUGUGGUUUGCUUAGAAUCCUCCAUUCAUCUGAGUGGCGGGGAGGAGGCAUCGUGUUUGUAUUUCACCAAGUAAAAGUCAGGGCUCCAUGCUAACGUUGGAGGAUUUCGAGUGAGCAAUGUAAAGGCCACUAGAAAUCCGUGCCCUUGUCUAGACAGCGUCUCCUGGGAAGGAAGGCAUAGCACUGCUCAGUGUGGGGUCUGCCCCAAGUCACGCCCAUCUCUCAGGUUAGAAGGGUUUUAGUUUUAUGUCCCUGUCAUCAAGGAAGGACAUCCAAAGUGUCCCCCCAACCCAACCUGGCAGAGUCCUAUCCCCCAUACCCUGUUUUUCUCUCCCGCCCUCUCUGAGGGCAUCAUGAAAAUCCGUGCAGACGGCGUCCAUUAACAUGUUAGUAUACAGUAGAGAAAGCGCUGGAAUGCUGGGGAGAUUAUUUUUCUAUGAAGGAGUCACUUGAGUUUGGACAGCUGACAAUAGCACGGACGCCUUGACGUGGUGAUUGUAUCAGCUCAACCUCACUGCACACAGUGUUUGGAAAGGAAGUAUGGGACUCAGUUUCCAUCUUCUUAAGGGGAACACCUUAAUUAAUUAAUUAAGACAUACAAGACACAUAGGAUGCAAACAUGUGUUUGCUGUGCCAGGCCAGAAAGUCGAGGGGUAUGAAGCAGGGGCAGUCAUCUCCCACUGCGCAAGGAUGAGACUCUGUUUCCAGCUCUCAAAUGACUAGAAGUUUCCGAGGGAGCCUGUGGGAAUGUAGGAAAACCAGGACCUCUUGGUGCCCUGUCCUGUGUGUAUACGACAGCCACUGUAAUCAGUACCCUAUGUAUGCGUCCACAGCAGACACCCAUCUGUGAAUAGUACGGUUUGUAAUCUUCUGUUAUAUAAGAGGAUGUUUAGGUUGUACAUACUGGGGUAGAUCGUUGCCUGCCCCUAUACAUAGAAAACAUGCUGCAUACUCGUGCAUAACUUCCUUCUUCAUCCCCGGCUUGUACACGGGGGAAACUGUACAUUAGUCUUCCAUUUCCUCAUAUACCAAACGGGAAAAUUUUAAAUCUCCAAUGAAAUAGGCAAUUUCCUAUUCUCACUGCCCCCUCUCACAGCAGCGUGUGUUAGAGGCACAUAUUAAAUCAACACUCUUGGUUUGUGAGUGGACUUUCGGGUUUUUUUCUCAUUUCCUUUUAUUUCUCCCCCCGCCCCCCUUUGUUUAUACGAGGCGCCGGGUCGUGUGCUACCUAACAGGGUUAGCACCUCAGAUAAUCAUCAGGCUCCAACAUGACACAUAGCAAGGGGAGUGGGAUACUACAUGUUGCAUAUGUGUUACCGAUUGUAAUUUGUCUGUACUAUGAAGGAUGUAAUGGUUUGUCCACUGUCAUUGUUGUUUUCUGUAACAUGAUACGGAAUAAAGUAUAGCCAAAUCUGCA